UCAGUGUUCUUCUUUUUUUGUCUUCAAUUUUUUGUUCGACUACCUUCUACGUUUUGAAUUUUGUGCGGUUCAGUCGAGCGUUUACAUUUUUCGGCAGCAGUAACAAUUAAAAGCAACGACCAAUUGGAACGGCGUUUAACGGUACAUAUAUAUACCAGAUCCUGAGCCGAAAGUCGCAGGAUGGCGGAAAUCAGGAAGAGUUCUCAGCCGCGGCUGCAAUUGUGUAUAUUCUUGGGCCUGCUGGGAACGGUGUUUGCUUCAUUACCAGGAGAACUAAGAGGAGCAGCAGGAGGUGAAUCAAGGAUGAAUGUUCUAGGACUAACGCCGGGCCAGAGAGUCCUGGCUGCAGUGCCCGCAUCAGGACGCACGAAUUUUUUGCUGUACCAAUUAGCCUUGGCCAUAAAUUCAGCCGCCGGCUUGGAACCGCCGACGUUGCAGGAAGUGGAAGUGGUCGAUGUGGUGGAGAACCAGGAGCAGUUCCUGCUGAACCCGGAUCCCAACUGGCUGGCCGCCAUGGCCAAUGAGUUUCAGAGUGUGCCGGUGUAUGAGACUUUUCCGGCUGAUUUGCAGAACUGGCUGAUGGAUGGCUAUGGAAUCAGUGCCACGGAUGUCUACCAUAGCUGGAGCAGAUCCCAAUUUGGCGGAAGGAGCAGUCCCCGCAUCCAACUGGUCUGCACCGCCGAUGGACAGUGCUACGAGGUCAACAAAAUCGUCACCGCCUGCUGUCCAUUUUGAGCACCCAAUAAAUGCAUUGAAAACAAUCGAAAGGAAAUCAUAAAUUUGCCGCACACACACAGGACACAAUCGAAUCGGUUGGCAG